CCGCCAUCUCUGACUGGUAGCUCGAAUCUGUACUGCAUGGGCAAAAGGUGGGCAAAAUGUCCCAGAAAAACAAGCUUCAUCAUUGUUUGCUAUGCAUCCUCUCUCGUAAUUUUUAUCUGAUCUGAUUAAUGAUUAAUGGAGGACACUGCUGUUCAGCAGUAAUUAAUAGAGCAAGGAGCAGUCCAGAUCAGAUGAACAUAGAGGAUCCUUUGUAAUGUACUAAUAAAGCCAAAGGAAAAUGAAGCCCACCCUCUCUGUGUGUUUGUUACUGACUGGACUUCAAGCAAUCAGUCAUUGUCAUCGUCAGCCUGAUCAUCGCAAUGACUGGGGUGGUCAUAAAAAUGCAUCCACCAGGGAACAAAAUUGCCCCAUUGAAGGAGUUUAUCCAUGUGAAAGCAAGGUCUACUUCAAACUGGUGCCCAGCAAUAUUGACUUCGCAUUUAGAUUUUACAAGCAAGUAAUAUCAGAGGCAGCUGACAAAAAUAUUUUCUUCUCUCCCAUAAGCAUCUCUACUGCCUUUUCAAUGCUGGCACUUGGGGCUAAAUCAGCUACUCUGAAUCAGAUUCACAAAGGACUCACCUUUGACCUGAACAGGACUCAGGAAAAGGAAAUACAUGAAGGCUUUUGCUAUCUCAUCUGUGCGCUAAACCGUCCAGACAGGAAGAUCCAGCUGAAUAUGGGCAAUGCCCUUUUCCUAGAAGAGACACUGAAACCACAGAAAAAGUUUUUAGAAGAUGUUAAAAACUUUUAUAAAUCAGAAGUUUUUUCUAGUGACUUUAACAAUUCUACCAAUGCUGUGAAACAGAUCAACAAUUACGUUGAGAAGAAAACCCAUGGGGAAAUUGUUGAUUUAGUCCAGGAUCUUGAUCCACUCACUGUAAUGAUUCUUAUUAACUAUGUUUUCUUUAAAGCCCAUUGGGAAAACCCCUUUAAUUCUUUUUACACAAAAGAAGAGGAUUUUUUUGUGGAUGGAAAAACCUCUAUUAAAGUUGAUAUGAUGUACCGCAAAGGCAGUUACAAACAUCACUAUGAUAAGGAACUGUCUUGCUGGCUGGUGCAAAUACCUUACAGUGGAAAUGCUGUAGCAUUGUUUAUUCUGCCUGAUGAAGAAAAAAUGAAGGAAGUGGAAAAAGCUCUCUUGAAAAAAACUUUGUCUAAAUGGAAAAAGGCCUUCAAAGAAAGAACAAUAUAUCUGCACAUUCCAAAAUUUUCUGUUUCUGAUACCUAUGACAUAAAAGAAGUAUUCCAGAAAAUGGGUGUGACUGAUGUGUUCACUGACCAAGCUGAUCUGUCUGGAAUCACUGAAAAGUCUCAGCUAAGGGUUUCAAAAGUCAUUCACAAGGCUGUAUUGAACAUUCAUGAGAAUGGCACUGAGGCUGCAGGAGUCUCUGUCGUGGAGAUUACAUGGAGGUCUGGUCAAAUUUUUGCCCCUCCUCGAAUUAAAUUCAACAGGCCCUUCUUGGUUAUGAUUUUUGAUAGGCAUACCCGCAGCAUCCUCUUCCUGGGGAAAAUCAUAAAUCCUAGCAGAAAAUAAUUGCUCAGCUGCUGGACAUGUUUGUAAUGCUUCCACGUAGUGCUGGCAAAAUGCAGGUGAUUCAGCAAAGGACAUGCACAGUGCUAGGGACUAUAUUUAGACCAUUAACAUACAUUCCUAAACUCAUAAAACAUUAAUGUAACAUUUCCUUGCCUAUAAACAGCUGGUAUUUCUUCCUUGCUGUGUACAGCUUACAUCAUAACAAAUCACCAAUAAUCUAAAUAUGUCUGAUUUCACCUUUCCCCUGUUUUGUAAGUAGUCCUUACUGAAAGGCUCCUGUGGGGGCUUUGUUUAAGAUACAAAAAGCUUGACUGCAUAAAUAAUUAGACCAUGGCAAGCUGGGGUGUGAAUCUACCCUGCACUAGCCUGCUGUGGACUUACUGUCAGUGUGCCGCCUGCUGCCAUGCAUUAACAGUUGGUUAAUGUGCUUUGAGCUUGUUCCAAAGGGAGCUAGAUCAGAAUGCUCUAAUGCAGUGUUGACACGUGUGCAGGGUGUACAUGGAUAGUUAGACCACAUCAAGGUAGGGCAGGAUAGAUUAGCACCCUACUUUGCCAUGGGCUAAUUGUUUGUGUAGACAAGACUAAAGUCUCUCAAAUGAGUUGAUCUUUCCUGUACUCCUUAAUUUUUGUGGAGACUGGUACAUUUUAUCAACGUGAUUAACUGACUGGUGAUGAUUGUUCCCAGCCUCCUGUUCUUUGCAAGGAAUUCCUGGUCUAGUCUCUUCUCUUUUACUGUGGGUCCAGGUGCUGAUCUGAAAUUGCAGAUACUGGGUUAAUUUUCUUUUGGGGCUUGUCUACACAGGGAAAAAGUCCACAGUAGCUGAUGUACACAAGGUAAUGCACGCUGCACUAAUUCCCCGUGUAUAGACUCUUCUUGUGGACCAAGAUCAGGUCUACACUACAGACUUAUGUCAUUUGUAACUACGUGGCCCAGGGAUAUGAAAAAUCCGUGCCCCUGAGCGACAUAGUUAUACUGACCUAACUCCCUAUGUAGAUGGCACUAUGUUGAUGAAACAGCUUCUCCUGUAGACACAGCAACCACCUCUCAGGGAUGUGGAUUAGCUAUACCAACAGGAGAGCUCUGUCCUGUCAGUGUAGGAGCUUUUUCACUUAAGCACUACAGCAGCACAGCUGUGUCGAUGCAGCAUUUUAAGUGUAGACCUGCACAAGAAAGGGUUUGUCGGUAUAGUAGCUAUUACUGGCAUUUCCACAUAUGCAAACCUUCACCCUCACUGGAGACAGAGUAUGCAGACAAAAGAGGUUGUUGGGUUUUUUUUGCCAGAAUAGCUUAUGCUCGUUCCCCAAAUGAAAUAAGCUGUGUCCACACGAGGGCUUUUUGCUGGUAUGUUAUAAAAUCUUAUAAAAAUUCACACCUUUAAAGGAUAUUAUUAUACCGCCAAAAAUUUCUACUGUUGACCUGCCUUAUUCUCUCCAACAGUUCUUGUUUUGCCUACCAACAGUUCAUCUCUGUUGUCACAUAUUCUAGCUCUUUCCUACAAGGGUGAAAGUAACUGAGGACACU